UUGUGUGUUUGAGUGUGUGUGCGUGUGUGUGUGUGUGUGUGUGUGUGUGUGUGUUUGUACUGGUGUGUGUGUGUGAGACACCAGCCAGCCAGUGCAGUGUUUUAAAGUGAACGAUACAUCCGCUCCUCUGCCUCUCUACUUUGGACUAAACCACUAACCAGGACUCACCCUUUGGACUAUCCCGAGUCUCCCUCCUCCUCUUACCUUUAAAGGGAACACCUGUGUGUGUGUGUGUGUGUGUGUGUGUGUGUGUGUGUGUGUGUGUGUGUGUGCGUGUGUGUGUGUGCCGAGACAACGGACUUAGCCCCGGUGAACAGUGGAUGACUUCAGUGGACGAGGGUUUUGCUGGUGGGAAGAGGGGGACUGCUGACCAUGGACUCCCCUCACUAGUAAGCGGGGGUGGUGAGGAGGAGCGGCGUGGUCCGGUCAUCAUGUGCACUCGGGCCUUUCCUGACCCUGAGUGCCAGCUGUUCCCGGGAGAGGUGGGGGAGCCUGAGGAGGAGGUGGCAGACGAGAGCAGGGAGAGGGAAUCGGACAGAGACAGUGCAGUGGAAAGCACCCAAGGGUCAGACACCUCCGACGGGCUGAUCAGACCUGAAGACAAGGAAGACGCACUGGGGCAUCUCUUUUUCCCUGGAGACAAGUGUGGUCAGACUAGCAUCUCAGUGACCUCUGACCUAUCCUCGGCUUCUCUGAACGAGGAGCAGUUCGAGGACUACGGAGAAGGGGAGGAACCGGACUACACUCCCAGCAGCCCCUGCGCCGACGACGAGACUCGAACCAACGGGUACUCGGACCUCGGCUCAUCUGUUCCCUCUAGUGCGGGUCAGACUCCUCGUAAGGUGCGGCAGCAUUACAACGGUGAAAUGAUGGACGUCUACUGCUCUCAGUGCAGCAAAAAGGUCAACCUGCUGAACGACCUGGAGGUUCGCCUCAAGAACCUCAAGGUGAACAGCCCCAACAGGAAAAUCACAAGCACUGCUUUUGGAAGGCAGCUGCUUCACAACAGCAACUUGAGCAGCAGUAAUGGCAGCACGGAAGACCUCUUCCGAGACAGCAUUGACUCCUGUGACAUCGACAUCAACGAGAAGGUGAGUUCUCUGGAGAAGAAGGUGGCAGAACUGGAGAACGAGAUCCUGAUGAACGGAGAUAUCAAGUCCAAGCUGAAGCAGGAGAACACGCAAAUAGUACACAGGGUUCAUGAGCUCGAGGAGCAGCUGAAAGACCAGGAGACGCGAGCAGAACAAAGUGUGCAGGAGGGGCUGAGACGACACCGAGAGUCCUACGGCAAGAUGGAGAGAGACAAGAACACGCAGAUAGAGCUGCUGACCAACCGAGUGAAGCAGGUUGAGGAGGAGAACAGUGAGCUGAGUCUGAACAUGAGCCGGCUCAAAUCACAGACGGAGAAACUGGAUGAGGAGAAGCAAAGGAUGACGGACAAGCUGGAGGACACCAGUCUGCGCCUGAGGGACGAGAUGGACCUCUACAAGAAAAUGAUGGACAAACUGAGACAGAACAGACAGCAGUUCCAGAAAGAAAAGGACGCCAUGCAGGAGCUCAUCGAGGACCUGCGUCGAGAGCUGGAGCAUUUGCAGCUCUUCAAGCUGGAGACGGAGAGGACGGGACGUAGUCGCAGCUAUUCCUCUGGGCUGGCGGACUUCAACAGCCGGACCAGGGAGGUGGAGCUGGAGCACGAGGUCAAGAGGCUCAAGCAGCGAUUUGUGUCCCAGGACUAUCUCCCCUCUGAACUCCAGCACCUGGUGUUGUCUGGGGCUCGGCUCCGACCCGGUCUGAUGGAGAACCAGAAGCUGAAGGAGCAGAACGAUGAUCUCAACGGUCAGAUCCUCAGCCUCAGUCUCUAUGAAGCCAAGACGCUGUUCGCCACGCAGACCAAGGCCCAGUCCCUCGCUGCUGAGAUAGAGAACGCCUCCAGAGACCAGUUAAUGGAGGCCCUGAAGGAGCAGGAGGAAAUCAACAUACGUCUGCGACAGUACAUGGACAAAAUCAUCCUGUCCAUCCUGGACCACAACCCCUCCAUCCUGGAGAUCAAGGGCGAAUAGCAGUGACUCAACUGGAAUGAGAAUCGUCCCCGAUCUCGGGAGGCCGGGGAUCAUUCCAGUUGUUUUAACAAAAACCCUCAACCCGAGUCAGGAAUCUGUACAGGAGAGCAGAGGGGAAACCAGAGCCGGUCUGACAAACUGGAACAUAUAAAUAAACACGCGUCGCCACCUGCUGUUGGUGGAGGGAAGAGAACCUCUAGAAUGGGGAUUCUGCGCUGAACUAAAGGGAGUUUUUCUCUCAAACAGGGUUUGCUCCCUGACUGCAGGUCGAACUACUGUGACUCUUCUACCCUGCUCUGUUUUUAACCCGAUGUCUAUGCUGUGAAAUGUAGUUACUGUCAAAAACUUCUGCUCUCAUAUGACAAAACAGGUGAUUUCUCCACUGGAAUAUCCUGUGCGAAACUCACUUGUAGUACACUGGACACGUGCACCCUGGCAUAACAAGUGGAACAAUGUAACAAACCUGUAUCAUGGUUUAAUAUGAACUGUACUAUCCACAAAUACACUGGUUUGGUAUGAUGUUUUAGUGAAAUACAGUGUAACCAGACCUCUCAGAGGCAUGAAGGCAGACCAGUCCAGUGUCGCCUGAUCUGUAAACUGCCCAUCUUUUCUCCUCUGUCACAUAGGUGUUCUCUGAUGAAUGCAUGUUGAUGACUUUUUUCAAAAACGGAGCGUUUUUUAAGAGAGGACAGAGAAAAGUGUAAAAAAAGUGGUCAGAGAGUGAAAACAAUAAGAGCCCCUAUGACUACAAUGAAGUUGGAUGUGGGGCGUGGACCGCGUAUGCAAGCGAAGGAGGGUUUAAGUGAAGUCGGUGAUGGUUAAUUGAAGGUGAAUUUGUCUUUGUUAAUUCUUGAGAACAUGUCUUCCAGUGAGCCUGCAGUGUCAAUCAAUCCGAUAGUGAUACUUUUUUCACCAAGAAGUGGCCCUUAGUCGGUUCAGAUGAGCGUCACUUUAAGGAGCAGAGGCUGCGACCAAGGAGUGUCUUUAAACUGUAACUUCCAUGGCUGCUAUUUGCUAGCAAAGCAUUGGCUUGGUGAAAAAAUAAAAAAGAAAGAGAAAGUACAUGGUUGCUAGCAGUAGACCCGAUGACGUUGCACAGAAAUGUAAGGAUAUGAAUGUACAGGGUGUGUGGUGACUGGUGGCCGUUGUCACACGGGUCACUGAAUCAUCUCUCUAUGCUCAGUGAAAUCAACUCAGAUAAAUCGAUACGUGAGCAGCACAGGAGACUCACUUUUUGGUACAAAAUAAUACAAACUGGAAUUGGCAAUCUCAUUGAAGCCUACAGGUUGCAGAUUGUUUUUAAACGCCCUCUGAGACUCUCUUGAUACUGUAAAUAUCAUGAAUGUACAACUGGAUAUUUCACUUUCUGUGAGGCCGAGAACGGCCUUUUGACUUUGAAUCGCUGUAAUUGUUCUGAGAUACGUUGUAACACUCGUGUACAGUAUUCGGUACUGUAAUGAAGAGGGCAUUGUUCAGGGGAAGGGAAACAACUACGAUCUGCUGUAUUAUGUAAUUAAUCUAAACUUGAGUUUUGCUUCCUUGCACAAGAAAAAAAAAACGAUGUUUCCUUUUGCAUGGUUCACCUUUUCUUCUGUCUGUGCCUUUUUGAGGACAUUUUUCAAGAUUCACAUAGUUUUUCCGAAGGUACGUUGUAUGUCUACGUCUGACAUAUUUCCUUGACUUGUAAAUGUUGUAAUUAUAUAGUGAUACUUUGUAUUCAUGUGCCACUCACCACUCUUUUUUCAGAUUGAUACUAUAAAAACAAUUUUCUACAGUUUUAUCAAGAAGAAUCCGGCAGUUGCUUUUAGGUGUCCUAGUAGGAAAGCGGUAUAGCACAAUGCUUUUAUUUGGUACGCAGGACAGGUUAGCAUUUUUGGAAUAUUUUGUCCAUGUGAUGAUUUUUUAAUGCAGUCGGGGAUUUAAUGUUUCAGUUCUCAGCUCUUUGUUAUUCCCUGUAAGUCCAUCGCUUUUCAAUCUGCUUUAAAACGGCUUUUAUAUGGUUGUAAACUGUCUUCCUAACCUAAACUAAAUAGUGAGCAUAAUGAGCAAUAUUAACUUAUUUACCAGUACCUGCUGAUUUGUGUCUUGUUUCGCUUCACACAUCUUUUUACUCUAUAGCUGCUCGUACAGUUCUAGAUAAAUAAUAAAAAAAGAAGAAUUAGCAGUACAUCAAGCUGUACAAUUUGCCACAAACCCAUUUCAUGUAGCUGUUCAAUUUUGGUUUAUUAGGGCUAUCUAAUGUGAUGUAGUCACUAUAAACAGCAAUAAAAAUGGCUUUGGCAGUGAGGCUGUCUCAUGAAAUUUCUUAUUUUAAAUUUACGUUUAUGUCUCCUCAUUUCCAUUUCUAUCAUUUCUAAAACAAGAAAUGACUUGUUCUAUGCUGUCAGUGUAUGCUGCUGAUUGUGUUGUACAUCCUGAGCUGUAAAUAAAAACAUCU